AUGACAUUCUAUUUCCUUCCGCCGACAAAUCAGUCUGAAUAUUGUACAGCGACGACAGUUUAUGAUCCCAUGCCACACCUCCCAAUCGUUCAAUGUGAUGCCUCUAUCACGACCCAAAACAUAAGAAAGCGAAAAAGAGAAACAGUUUUGGCAGAUAUCUCCCCAGCUCUAUCAAACAGGCUUUCCUCAUCGGCCAUCCACGAUACGAACCCGCAAUUCUGCUUAGACAAUACAGGAUGUUUAGGCGACAGCACAGGAGUCUUCACUCGCCAGCGAUGUCUCCACAGGAAACGACGAGUUUUCCAGCAGCCACCUGCUAACCAUAAGCCACCGUUCACAGAUGGUAUUUCUCAAAUGCCGCUGUCGGAUUCGUCGCAAAACACUUGCAUUUCUGGAGCCUGCUCCCCGCCAGUAUCUCCUAAAACAAUAUGCCCAAUCCCAUAUCAGCAGCCGCAAACACUAUGUGCAUCUGCGUCCUGCCUCCGCCCAUGUCAUAUCUGCCACCGGAGACCGACUACUCGAGAGUAUGUUGACGCUUAUGCAGAUUGUGAUCUCUGUGGUGGGAGAAGCUGCUACAUCUGUUUACGACAUUGUGACUCUGUAGAUUGCAGCGGGUUUCUCAGGACCCCUACAAGCGGUCUUCAGGAAAGGCCUGAUGACGACGAAUGGCAGACAGAGCGGGCACGCAAGGUUUGCUCUGCUUGUGCAGUCGAAGGUGUCACCGAAUCUGGAAAGGAAGUAAUAAGAUGCCUUGAAUGUGUACGAGGCCUCCAGUCCCAAUGGCAAGCUCUUCCUCUAGACUAG